CUCUGGCCUCGCCUUCCUCCGCCCUUAUAAAAUUGCAGCUGUCGCCGCCGUCUUUAGCUGAAGGUUCCUAAUUUCAGAGGAGCGAACAAAGAAGGAAAGUAACCCUAAAUGGCAUCGGAGAAGCGAUGCCUAUACGAGGUUCUCGGCCUACAGAAGGACUGCACGGCUGAUGAGAUUCGCUCUGCUUACAAGCGGCUCGCUCUGCAACGUCACCCCGACAAGCUCGUUCAGUCCGGCUUGUCCCAAGCUGAAGCGACGGCUCAGUUUCAGGAGCUCGCUCAGGCGUACGAAGUUCUCUCGGAUCCCAAAGAGCGCGCCUGGUACGAUUCCCAUCGUUCCCAGAUCAUCUUCUCCGAUCUCAACUCUUCCUCUAACUCGGUUCCCAACUCAAUAAUCCCUAACCUCUUCUCCUACUUCUCAACUUCCGUCUUUUCUGGUUAUUCUGACUCUGGCAAAGGCUUCUACAAAGUCUAUGCGGACCUCUUCAACAGAACUUAUUUAAACGAGAUCAAUUUCGUUAAGAAGCUAGGUUUAGGGUUAGACUCAGUGCGCGAAGCACCGAUCAUGGGGAAUCUCGAUAGCCCUUAUGAACAAGUAACAGCGUUUUAUAACUAUUGGUUAAGGUUUACAACGGUAAUGGAUUUCUGUUGGGUGGACCAAUACGAUGUCAUGGCGGGGCCGAACAGGAAGUCGAGAAGGGUGAUAGAGGAGGAGAACAAAAAGCUGAGGAAGAAGGCCAGGAGGGAAUACAAUGACACUGUGAGAAGUUUGGCGCAAUUUGUGAAGAAGAGGGAUAAGAGAGUGAUCUACAUGGCUGCGAAGAGGAAUGCCGAAAUGGAGAGGAAGAAGGAGGAAGAGAGAGAGAGGAAGAAGAAGAUGGAGAAGGAAAGACUGGAGAGAGCGAGCGCUUAUGAGGAGCCUGAGUGGGCGAGGGUUGAGGAAGAAGAUGACGGAUUGGAAGAAUUUGAGGGAGAUAGUGAUAAGAAGGAGAAUGAGGAUAAAGAAUUGUACUGUGUAGUCUGUGGGAAGAAAUUCAAGAAUGAGAAGCAGUGGAAGAAUCAUGAACAGUCCAAGAAGCACAGGAAGAAGUUGGCAGAUUUGAGGGAGUCAUUUGCUGAUGAAGAUGAAGAAAGCGAAGAAGAAAGAGAAGAAGAAGGUAUAAUGGAUGAGUUUGAGGAGACAAGUGAAAAUGUGGAUGAGUUGAGAGAGAGGUUUAGAGAGGGAUUAGAGAUGGGAGAUGAGGGGGAGGAAAAUGAGGAUAGGAUUGAUCAGAGACUGAUGAGAAGAUAGGUUUAUGACGAGGAAGGAAAUGAUGAGGAUGAUGAAUUGGGUGUUCUCAAGCCCAUGGUAUCUGGGCAUAAGAGUAGGAAGAAGGAUAUGGAUUCAAAGUAUGAAGAUGAGAUUGUGCAGACUCAAGAUGGGAUCGAGAAUGUGAAUGAUGAACUGGAUUUUAUGGAAUAUAAUAACAGGAAGAGCACAAGGAAGAAUCGAGGAAGUAAGAAGGAGAGGGUUAAAAGGAAUAGUGGAGUUGCCACCAAGAGUGAUGUGGAUGGAACUAAGGAACAGAACAAGGAAACUGAAGGCAAUGAAGAUAGGAAAGAGAGGGGUCAAAACAAUAGGGAAGCUGCCGUGAAUCAUGAUGUUAAUGAAAGAAAGUGUCAGAAACAGGAAACAGAAGGGAAUGGCAAUUCACAUUUCACGGAGUCCUCUUUCCAUUCUCCCAUGGACAAUGAGAGUUUUGACAAAAGAACGGAUAAUCAUUCAGGGAGAAAUCACAAGGCUACAGAACAAUCCCUUGGCAGAAAAGAGGCAAGGAAGAAAGAUAUGGAUGCCAAAUCAAAGGGUUCAUCAAAAGGGAAGAAAGUGAAGGGAUCAUCAAAAAAUUCUAGUAAUAUGUGUGAUAGAUGUGGAGAGGAAUUUGAAUCAAGGAACAAAUUACACAAGCAUUUGGCUGACUCAGGUCAUGCUAGUCUGAAAUUCAGGUGAUAAUCCAAUAUUUAUAAUUUCUUGGAAGGAGCAAGUUAUCGUCUUGCGAAUGUCUACUAGAGGUUGGUCUGCAAAAAGGUGCAUGCAUGAAGCAGGCUAAUGGAAAUGAUAAAGAGCAUCUGCAAUUGGGAUGUUAAAAAUUCAUGCACCAUCAAAGUUCUGGUUUGAAGCAGGGAAGCAUGUUGUUGUUGUUAGAUGUGGACCAAACAAUGUCUUUUUGCCAAAAUGAGUGCCAGAUUCAGGCGUGCACCAAAUGAACUCCUCUCACCCCACAAAUUUUGUAUGCUUAGAUAUUCUUUACAGUAUACAAAUAAUACAGGAAUGCUGUGUUCUCAAAAUUUGAGAAAAAUUAAUGUUAUGCUUAUAUGCUGUGAUAGUUGAUGGCAAGUGUGCUGUAAUUUUUUGUCCCUAUUGGGAUUAUGCAUCAAUUUUAAUGUGACAUAUGUUACAAUGUGUAUCUUGCAAUGUUUAUGAAGUGUUGUACGUUACAUCACAAA